UUGUUUUUACUUCAGAUUCUACGAAAAGUGAAGAAUUAUUCAGAAGAAGUCGUAAAACAAAUUGAAAGUUGUUGGAAACCCGAAAGUGAUGAGCGAGCAGAAUGGAAUUUUGUUACUUCAACUCUCUACGGAUUUGGCAUAGUUACAACGCUUGGUUAUAAUCGAAUUGCACCAAUUACUUUGGCAGGUCGUAUAUUUUGCAUUUUAUACGGAUUAUGUGGCAUACCCGUCACUAUGAUUACUAUAGCAAAUGUUGGACGUUAUAUGAAUACUUUUGCUAAAAGUUGUAAGCAAAAAAUAGAAAAAUUUCGAGUGCAUUAUUGGAACAGAAAAACGAAAUUGAAAAAUAAAACACAUCAAGACGAUAACGGAAAUAAUAAUAAUGAUGAUAAUGAUGAUAAAAACGAAGAAUCAUCAACUGGUUUUGCUUCACUUGUAUUAGUCGCUGCUUUUCUAGUAUAUGUAGCAUUUGGUGCUUUACUUCUGCCACUUUUAAAUGGAGAGACUGAUUUUAUCAAUGGUUUGUAUUAUAACUUCCUAUGCUUAACAGCGAUUGAUUUUGGUCAGCUUGUACCUCAAAGAGUUGCGUUUCUACCAAUAACAUUCAUGUAUGUUUGCAUUGGACUUGCAAUUACAACAAUUGCAAUUGAUGUCGGCUCGGAAUACGUUAGAAAGUUACAUUAUGUUGGUCAGAAGAUGAAAAAUGUUGCUUCAACAAGAAUUUGGUUUGGGGGUAAAACAUUGAAAGUACUCGAUUUACUACAUGAAGUUGGUAAUAAAUGUGGCGUUGAAGCAUCAGUUAUUGAUAAAAUGGAUUUGGACAAUGUAAUCGAACAGGCCAUUGCACGAAAUGAAGGCAGACAACAGCUGCCAUUAAAGCAUGAAGAUAUCAUAUCAACAAACGAACCAAUAUCCGAAUUACUAUCCCCAGAACAGCAGUCAAUCGCAGCACAUCCUAUCGAAAUGUAUCCACUUCUCUCCAGAUCCAAAAUACGCUCUCGCUCCAAUGCACAGAGCAAUAAUUUGGCAAGCUUAAUGCUGUAG